AUGCCUCGCUUGCCCCCGACGAGUCGUCGCCCGCGCCAGGCGGCGGCUGCGUCUGUAACGCCGAUUCAGGCGCGCAUCAAGCUCCAACCGUCGCAAUCGGGUACAUGGGGGGAGGAGGUAAGUGGGGAUGCGGAUAGGUGGAAGGAAGGAGUUGGUAUAGAAGGGCUUGUGUGUGUGCUCUGCUGUGCAUUUCUUUCUUUCUUUCUUUCCUUCUUUCCUUCUUUCCUUCUUUCCUUCUUUCCUUCUUUCCUUCUUUCCUUCUUUCCUUCCUUCUUUCCUUCUUUCCUUCUUUCCUUCUUUCCUUCUUUCCUUCCUUCCUUCCUUUCGUUCCUUCCUUCCUUCUUUCCUUCUUUCCUUCCUUCCUUCUUUCCUUCCUUCUUUCCUUCCUUCCUUCCUUCCUUCCUUCCUUCCUUCCUUCCUUCCUUCCUUCCUUCCUUCCUUCCUUCUUUCCUUCUUUCCUUCCUUCCUUCUUUCCUUCCUUCUUUCCUUCCUUCUUUCCUUCUUUCCUUCCUUCCUUCUUUCCUUCCUUCUUUCCUUCCUUCUUUCCUUCCUUCCUUCCUUCCUUCCUUCCUUCCUUCCUUCCUUCCUUCCUUCCUUCCUUCCUUCCUUCCUUCCUUCCUUCCUUCCUUCCUUCCUUCUUUCCUUCUUUCCUUCCUUCCUUCUUUCCUUACUUCUUUCCUUCCUUCUUUCCUUCUUUCCUUCCUUCCUUCUUUCCUUCCUUCUUUCCUUCCUUCUUUCCUUCCUUCCUUCCUUCCUUCUUUCCUUCCUUCCUUCCUUCCUUCUUUCCUUCCUUCUUUCCUUCCUUCUUUCCUUCCUUCUUUCCUUCCUUCUUUCCUUCCUUCUUUCCUUCCUUCUUUCCUUCUGCCUUUCUGCCUUUCUGCCUUCCUUUCUUUCUGCCUUUCUUUCUUUCUGCCGUUCUUUCUUUCUGCCUUUCCAUCUCACAUCGUAUGA